AUGGGGAUGAAUGUAAUCCCCCCAGCUGCCUCUGCUGCCAUCUUUGGUGAUGCCGAUACACCCCCAGUGGAUCUGGCCACGGUGCUGCAGUCUCAUGUUAUUGACUUAGCUACGGAGAUUGCUGGUGGUACAGCACUCAUGUUCCAAAACCUUCUGGGCACCCAGAAGUGCACCCGCAACUCUAAAUACCUGGUUGUCAAGGCCUUCAUCACAGCCAGCCUGAGCAUCCUGGCUGCAGACGGAGGCCCCUUCUCCAGUCCUGAGUGGGGCAGCUCCGGGGGGGCUCCCUGCCUGCUCGGGGUCCCGCAGGCCUGUGCAAGGUUGGGUGCAUUGGCUGUGGAGAGGUCCGCAGGGCUCGGGGAUGAUGCCCACCAGGACAGGAAGAACCAGCGUGUAUCCAACGUGUCAGUGCAACUGGAAAUGCGGAGCCUGUGGGAGGAGUUCAACCGCCUGGGCACCGAGAUGAUUGUCACCAAGGCAGGGAGGAGGAUGUUCCCCACCUUCCAGGUGAAGCUCUCAGGCCUGGAUCCGCUGGCCGACUAUGUGCUGCUCAUGGACUUCAUGCCACUGGAUGACAAGAGAUACAGGUAUGCCUUCCACAGCUCUUCAUGGUUGGUGGCUGGGCGGGCAGACCCCGCAGCACCUGGCCGUGUUCACUUCCACCCUGACUCACCUGCCAAGGGAGCACAGUGGAUGCGGCAGAUCGUGUCCUUUGACAAGCUCAAGCUCACCAACAACCUGCUGGAUGACAAUGGGCAUAUCAUCCUGAAUUCCAUGCACCGGUACCAGCCCCGCUUCCAUGUCGUGUUCGUGGACCCACGUCAAGACAGCGAGCGUUUUGCCCAUGAGAACUUCAAGUCCUUCACCUUCACUGAGACCCAGUUUAUGGCAGUGACAGCCUAUCAGAACCACCGGAUCACGCAGCUAAAAAUUGCCAGUAACCCAUUUGCCAAGGGGUUCCGGGACUGCGAGCCAGAGGACUGGCCAGGGACAGCUGGGCCCCUGUUGGGGGUGCUGUCCCGGAAUCAGGGUGCCAUCCCCUCCACCCAGCUAAAGAAGCAGGAGAAAGAUAUGCCCACUGGGCACCAUUUCAGCCGAGAGAGCACCCCGUCACUGCAGCAGUCCUCAUUCAUGCAACCCAUGGGUGCCCAUGGCUUCCAGGAGCUCCCAGCCCCACGGCACCCCCUCCCUGCAGAGCUGGCACCAUACAAGCCCCUUGCCUACCAUGGUGUAUAUGUUGGGGCUAAGCCGAGGGCAGCACCCUACCCACUGCCCUCUAUCAGGGCAGCUGGCUUCCAUGCGCUCAAUGUCUACACCACCAGCAUGACCCCUGCCCUUGGCUACGAGCAGCAAUGA